GUGAGCAGUCGCGCGCUUCUCUGCCGCCGUGCGGUCAAAGUGCGCUCGUAGUCCUUCCCUCAACCGGCGGCAAGGCGUGUGAGUGUGCUGCCAUAGCCUAUGCUAUUUAAACAAACAAUUUUUUUCUUCCGAAAUACUACUUCGGCAGUCUAGUCAUGAGUUUACCGCUGAACCCCAAGCCCUUUCUGAACGGUCUCACAGGAAAGCCUGUGAUGGUGAAGCUGAAGUGGGGUAUGGAGUACAAGGGCUACCUGGUGUCCGUGGACGGCUACAUGAACAUGCAGCUGGCCAACACAGAAGAAUAUGUGGAUGGAGCAUUAGCAGGUCAUCUUGGUGAGGUGCUCAUCAGGUGUAAUAAUGUUUUGUAUAUAAGAGGAGUGGGGGAAGAGGAGGAAGAAGGAGGGCUGGGUGAGUGAAUGGUGAGUUG